GUUCGACGCUGAAGUCGCCGGGCGAAAGUUGGAUCUGCGGGGCGGGCAGUCGUUUCCAACGGCGGUGAGGUGACCGGAGGAGGAAGCGCCGGCACGAACGAGGGUUGGAGUAGCUGGAGAAGGAACGCCAUAGCCUUGCGGUGGGGUGAAGCUACGAGAAAGGCGGUGGAACAGGUAAGAGUCUUUCACGUGGACCAUCCAUGUGCUUUAGGCUCGAGUGUGGGUCCCCCCGCACCGACGCGGGGUUUGUGGAGAUUGCAAGGACUGGAGAUAUUGGAAUUGGGAGCGGAAAAAGUUCAGUUUUUCUCUGUUUGUGAAAACAAAACAUCCUCUAUCAAUUUAAUUGGUCGAGCAGUAACUGUGGGUAAAGUCCCAAUAUAGCCCUUCGACCUGAACAGUCGACAUUUCCUCUCCUCUCCUCCCCCCGCCCCAGAUGCUGCUCUACCUCCUUGGUUCGUUCCAGCAUGCAUUUCUUCCGUCUACACUGCUAAUUGGAUAGUGAGGGCUGCAAAGGGUGUGUGAGCCCACAUUCAUACAGGGCUGGGACUGCAAAAUCUGCCAUCCAGCUUUGGUAGGAUAGGCUCUCCCAAUUCAGAUGGAGCUAAUAAUCGAGUCUCUGACGUUUUGGAUCGUAAUCCUUUCUGGGAAACCGCACUGCCACAAACCUUACUCUGAUCAGCUCUCACUCCUAACCUCUGCCUGGUUGAGUGGUUGUAUUUAGUUUGGGCUCUGCUUGGAGGUAUAUAAUGUUUGUUAACUGUUUAAUCACAUUCUUUCGCAUCAAAGUUCAAGCACUUGAGUAGUUGAGAUUCUUCAAGUGAUUACGCUUUUCCUUCUCAAAAUAAACAGAAAAUUUUGGUUCAUGUAUUAUGCAUGUAUUCUGUUGAGGCUGAAAUUUGUAAUUAAUUCAUUAUUAUGGACUUGGGAGUGCCAGCAUCCCCUCCUGCACUCUUCUGUGAUUGACAUGUUUUAUUUUGAUCUAAUGAACCUAGAUGGAAAGAUUUGGGAGCUAAAGAUUGUUUGAUACACCACACUAGAUUAAAAUGAGCAGGUACAAACAAACUGGAUGAACACAGCAGGUCGGGCAGCAUCCGUUGAAAUGAGCUUUGGUGACUUUGUGUAUCUUUUAAUUUCACUUAUUGGUGAACUCAAUACAGUUCUUGGAUAUUCGUUAAAAAGCUGUGUGAUUUUAAUUCAGUUAGGGGAUUUACUUCACUCUCACCUUCAUUCUUACUGGAGUCUUUCUUGUACUUUAGUGAUUUCACAUAUUUAGUAUUUAAGAGCAAUAUUAAGUCAAACUUUAAACAAUAUCCAAAUGCUAGUGUACAUAAGAAUUCUUAAUCCUUAACGUACUAGUUUACCCUGCAGAUAUUCUUGUAGAAAUACAGUAGAUGCCAGUUAAUUGGGACACAUCAGGACCAGUGCAUAUUGGCCCACAUUAAGCAGCUGCCCCAAUUAGCUGAAGUUUCAUGGAAAUAGUUGAAAGGGUAUAAAAAAAGACGAACUGGGUAACCAAAUGAUGCAUUUAAAUGAAAUACAGAACAAUUAAGAACACUACCAAUACUACUACACUACGAUGAAACUAUUAGUUCCUAAUGUUUAUCAACAGGAAUUCAUCCAGUGUACACUGCUGUGUUCUUUUGACUGUAACUGAAUAAAAUCAGCGCAGACUCCUAGAGCAAAUACGGAUUGCAAAUCAUAAACAUGAGAAACGCUGCAGAUGCUAGAAAUCUAAAGCAACACACACACAAAAUGCUGGAGGAAAUCAGCAGAUCAGGCAGCAACUUUUACAGGAUGAGUGAUAGUAAAAAUGUUUGAACCCCAACCCCCGCACAACAAGUAGCAGCAAAGUAUCAACCCUGCCCCUCCCCCACUUAAUUCAGCUAAAAGCAUCUGCACCUUCUACCCAUCAAGCAAGCAACAAAAAGAUGGGGGAAGAGGAAGGAAGACAGCUAGAAGGCGAUAGGUGAAGCCAGAGGGGUAGGAAAAGUAAAGGUGCUAGAGAGGAAGGAAUCUGAUAGGAAGGAGCGUGGACCAUAGGAGGAGGGGAACCAGGAGGAGUGGAUAGGCAGGUGACAAGAGGUAGAGGCCAGAGUACGUUUGAUGACUGUAUCCUCCAAAUCUUUAUUUUCAUUGUAACAUUCAAGAUGAUUGUCAAUACCUUCAAAUUCUUUGUAGAUCAUAACUAGAUGAAGUAGUGAAAAAAUUUCAAUGUCAGUCCUGGAUGUUGAAUGUUUGAAACUGCAAUAAGCAAAACAGUUCUGAAUUGUCUUAAUGCUAAUUUCUUGCCAACUAUCAGUGACAAAAAUCACUGCUUUUUGAACACAAAGAACACAACUGACGUUAUUUAAAAACUUCAUUCUAAGCAUGGUAUAGUGGGUUGACGCUAGUUAGAAAUGUUGUUUCUUGUUACACUUAAGUGGCAUGGUGUUUGAAAUAAAUAUAGGAAGCCUCAGCUGUUUCCUGGAUUUUUGUGUUAAGAAUUGUUGCAAAUAAGCAGCUGCCCCAAUUGACCAGAAUCCGCUGUAUUUGCUAUUUAAGGUGCUUUCCAUUUUACCAUGCCAAAGUAACAAAAUUGGCAGCAAGAGUUCUACUGCUAUUUAACAUUUACAUGUACAGUAUAUAAAAGAAAGUGGUGAACAAAGUGAAGCUUAAUCGUGUUGUCAAAUUUUAAUAAGUUUUUUUCAAUCAUUGUUAAAAGCAAGUGCUUUAGCAUCUGGAAAUGCAUUUGGAUAUAAAAAAUAGCAAAAUGUCACAUCAAACAUUUUCAUUUAGUUCUACCUAUAGUUAAAUUUCACAUGGCUCCCUCAACUUAAUCAUUCAUAUUCAGAAAUACACUGGCUUUUGGAUUUUGUUAUGUUGUUAUUUCUAUUGAGUCCAUAAUGAUAUCAGCACUACUCUGUAGGACAAUUGUUUUUUUCAGUUGGUUUCUUUCUUUAGAAAUGUAAAGCGGGCCAAAUUAGUGAUUAAUCAUAACAAGUAUACUGUAUAAGGGCAGUAUACUUUGUUUUCUCAAAGUACAUCCAAUACGAUGUAAAACAUUGAAUUGAUUGGUUGCAAGUUGAUCUCUGGUCUAACUGUGGGAGCACUAUUUAUUACUCUGACUGCAGAUGAAUGAAAUUAGGAUACAGAUGACAGAUUAUUGCAUUUAUUAAGGUGAGUGUUUUUAAUCAGUUUUGAUAAUGUUAAUUUCAAUUGUUUAAGUCCUGUAGUGAAAAACACUGAAUUUUUUUCUAUUUCUUUUUGAACCAAACCAUACAUUAAAGUAGGAAAUGAAGACUUGAUUCAUAAUUUUUAGUUUUGUUCCUUUUUUUUAAUGUGCUCUUCUGACUUAACAGAAGGUGAUUUGUUUGGUUUGAUAUUCUCCAACUACAUAAAAGAAAAGCAAUUUAAUGUUCUUUUUUACCGUUAUGUUGUGAAAUCUAUAGGUGAUGUGCCGCACCUUCCAUAUGUUCCAGCAUCUCAAAUUUCAGUCUGCAUUGAAUAAAGUGCCCUAAAUUUUUGUAAAACGUGCCAUUGAUUAUACAGAAUUUUGGAGGAAAUUCAUUUUUUCUAUUUCUGCCAUUUAAUAUUUUGCAACAUAUUACACAUGGAUAUAUUUCUGUAUUUCAGUGAACUCUAAAUUCAACCUUAAGCACAUUGUGUUCUACCAAGCUUAAUAAGUGCGUCUAUUUUUAAGUUGAAUUUAAGACCUUGAAAUAAAGUUAAUUUGAAUUUUAAAUUUACAAUGGUGGCUAAUACAUCUGUCCUUUUUUUGGCUUUGAUAGAACCAAGAUCCUUGAUCCCAUGUCUAUCUUUUUAUCUUAAACUCCUUUCAGUCUGAAACAACUGUUCCACUUGCUUUUUUUUUAACAGGAGGAUCAACAAUGCAAAAGUAAUUCUUCCGUUCUCUAAGCAACACACACAAAAUGCUGGGGGAACUCAGCAGGUGAAGCAGCAUUUAGGAAAAUAGUACAGUUGACAUUUUGGACCGAAAUCCUUUAGCAGGACUGAUUGCCAAAGGGUUUUGGCCCAAAACAUCGACUUAACUCUUUUCUAUGGAUGCUGCCUGACCUAAGUUCCACUAGCAUUUUGUGUGUGUUGCUUGGAUUUCCAGCAUCUGCAGAUUUCCCCUUAUACUUCUGUUCUCUGGAUCAUUUGGUUGAGGUUUUAGAUUUUAAUUUCUAGUUAGUGGUCUAAUCAACAUAGGUCUAAUUUUUCCUCUGUUAUAAUUUCUGUUUGGUUUCCUUUUAAAUCUCUUUGAGUUCCUAGCUUUGCCAGCUGACGUUGGUAAGUGUGGUAUUUGGAGUGAUCAUUAUGUAUUACCAUGCAGACCCAUCAACCGUUUAAGAAGGCCAACAUUACUAAACUCAUUGCAUGGAAAGAAUAAUGUACUUUAAGCACGAGGUUCUGCAUGGUAGGACUUCAGUAAGGGCUUUGAUAAGGUUAUGUCUGGUAGGCUGCUGUGGAAAAUUGGGAUCUAGGAAGAGCUAGUUAAUUAGAUACUCAAUUUGCUUGAUGGCAGGAAGCAGAGGGUGAUAGUGAGAGGUUGUGUAUUGGAUUGGAGGCUAAUGGCUCUCUUGGGGUUGUCUUAGGCUCAUUACUAUUCAUUUAUUUCAAUAAUUUGGAAAUUGUACAAGGCACAGUUAGUACUGCUACUGUUGACAGUGAAGAUGGAUUUACAGUAUGAUCUUGGCCAGUUGGGUAGGUGGGCUAAAGAAUGGUAAAUAAAGUUUAAUUCAGAUAAGUUUGAGGAAUUAAAUGUUGGGAAGGUAGAAACUUGCUCCUAUGCAUUGUAAGGAUGCAUGCAAUAUUUUACAAAAUAUUGCUGAAUUUUGUUCAUGACUUGGGUGCUUCCUUCAACCAGAAAAAGUAAUAAUUACCAGAGGAUUGUAAUAGCUCAUUUGAUACAUGAGUUUUGACAUUAGUAAGCAGCGCGUGUUCUUUAUUUAAAUGCAAGUUGUUUGUGUGAGGUUAGUGAAUGUUAUCUGAUGUUAUUAAUUCAAGUAAAUUGUCUUCUGGUUGGGCCAUUUUAUUAAACUGUAACCACAAUACCAAAGAUGGCACUGAGAUCAGUUUCAAAUUGAAACAGGUGCUGAUAUGCUGGUUUUGAUGUGGAAUUUUUACUCAAAAUAUUGUAAACUAAAUUACCAUUUCAAAUUUAUACUUAUGUAUAUUUUCAGUAUUGUAGCUGCUCGCAUUUUAAAAAUUCCAAGUUUUGAGUAGACUCUAAUGAUAUCUUCAUUUUUUUAUCUUAACAGCUUUAUCUAAGAAGUUCCUGAUAUGUGCUUCAAAUCACCAGUGAGAUGGUAAAGGUUAGCCUGUGGCCCAGCAUGAUGGAUAAACAGAAGACCAAGACUUAUUUGCCAUUAAGUGGUGCAGGCACUGAUAUAAAUAUGUCUUCCAUCCACACAGUGGGGUAUUUGGGAAAAUUUUCUCAUAGCACUUCACUUGACCUGCAAGAAUAUUGUCCAGUUUGUGCAGCAAACGGGAAAAGCCAGGCACUACGGACAUAUUGUAUAAGCUUUGAAGAAUCCAUUCUUCUUUGUGAAAAUCCACAGUGUUUCUUUCCUUUGGGAUGUAAACCAUUGAAUGAGAUCCUACUUGCAUCUGCUUUACCAAGAACUCAAUCAUUAUCUUCUUACAAUGCGAAGAGCAUAUCUGAAUCAAGCUUGCUGGUUCAACCAUGCAAACAGAAUAUAAAACGGCAAAAAACUUUGAAUUGUAAUAAUAAUGAUACUUGGAAUAGUUUCAGUGGCAUUUUCAAGGAAGAUGCAUUUCAGUAUUCAGGCAGUGGCUCAGAUAGAAUUGACAAUUUUGUUCCUUGUUCAAAAAAUGGAAGUAAUCAAGAAACACUUAAUUCUACUGCUGCGAGAGGCACAGUUGUCUCAAGUGAGCCAAUUACUGUGGCACCUGGUCAAUUGUGUGGCAAAAGGAAGGAGCUAUCAACUGAAUCAGAACAUUCUGGAUUGGAAGUUUCUAAAGAGAAAUUGUGCAUCGAACAAUUAGUCCUUCAGUGGAAGAACACGUCUGCUCUCUGCUGGCUAGAUUGUAUAUUAACAACCUUGGUUCACUUGAAAGUAAUUCGAAAUGUUAUAAGCAAUAUAGGAGCUGAAACAGAAUCUCCAAUUAAGAAACUAUGCACUGAAUAUGAUAAAGCAUGUGCACUACUGUCUCACAGCCAAUGUCAUGGAACAGGUGAUGGUUCGUGGCAGAUUCCUCCUCAGCUGCUUGCUCAGAUAGAAUUAAUACUGAAAGAUAUCCGGCAGAGCUUCUUUGAGUUGCUUCAACCAAAGCUGAAAUGUGAAUUAGGAAAACAUGAUAGCCCGGUCUUUGCUUUUCCACUUCUCCUAAGACAGGAUACCUAUUUUGAGAUGCUCUUCAUGCAGUCAUAUAUUUGGAGUUUUGAAUGUAUUAAGUGUGGCUACAAAUAUGAUGAGAGGUGUACAAAAACCUUGACGACAUUUACAAAAGUAGAUUCAGAUUGGCAUCCUCUGAAUGCUAUUCAUAAAUCACCCUGCAAUAAGUGUCAAGAUCAAGAUCAAAAGAGGAAAAUGCUUAUAGAACGGAUUUCCUCAAUAUACAUGCUACAUUUUGUGGAUGGCCUACCACAUACGGAUUUGGAUGCCUACAGAUUUGACUUUCACGGCAGUUUGUACAGAAUCUGCAUCAUUAUUCAGUAUUUACAGACUAUGAAGCACUUUAUCACUUGGAUUCGGAAUCCUGAUGGUUCUUGGCUUCAGUGUGAUGAUUUGCAGGGUUCCAGUUGUUUCAGACGUUUGACAUUAGAUGUUCCUGCAGCUGAAGUUCACAUUGUCAUCUGGGAAAAUAGUGACUUUGAAAAAAGAACAUGGAACCGGGAUAUCAUUCUGCGUUGUGACUCUUCAUCUGUCAUUUGUCAUAAUGCUCCAUCCUUAAAUACAGAAGCUACUUCCUCUGUGCAACUUCCAACCAAAACAUCAUUGACGAGUUCUGUUCAGUUUAAUACAGUAGUGACACCAAUACACGGUACAGUUAAAGAGAUUACCACACCAUAUAAAGACUGUGUAAAACAAAGCAAUAUAAAAGAUCCAGAGAAUUCAGGAAAUGACACAUUAAUAACGCUGAAUCUUACUGAGGUUAAAGUGGAUGACAAAGGGAAUCCAUUGUGCGACAUUCAAUUCAUACCAGAUGCUCGGCUGUUACAAAAUUCACCACAGGUGACUAUUGAUCGUAGUGUUGCUGUCCAUCCUUCUACUGAAGUACAAUAUUCUAGUGAACAAGCCCAUCAAAUUGCUGAAACUGUUGUAAAUUUUGAUGUGCCUCAAAAACCUGUUUUACAUUCUGAACUGUCAUCUAGUCCAUCUGGAUCCUUACAUUUGCAAGAAACCGAGAUACCUGAUAUUCAGAUGCCGAUGUUACAAAACGAUUUUGCUGUGAAAAUCUUAACAGUGAAUACAGCAGCAUGUCAAGUAGAAGAAAUGAAAAUCCCAUCUGAAAAUUCAGAAAUUCCUAUAAGGUCUGAUAACAAAAUACAAAAGGAAGAUUGCAAUAAAAUGCCAGCAUCUCCAAUCAUGAAAACAUCUGCUGCAAAUAAGUUAUUGGCUGAUAUCGCUCAGCCUGCAGUAACUAAACGAAACUUCACUGCUGGCUGGAGAAAGUGUCUGUUGAAUCGUCAUCUAUCAAUGUUGAGCACCAAUGAACCUAGAACAGCUAAGAAUGAAGUUGGGAAUAUUCAAAGGGGUGGUUUAAGCAAAUUUCUUAAGCAAGCAAAUUCAAAGCAUCCUGUGAAGGAACAUUUUGAUGGGUUCAAAAGCAAAAUUCUUCCAAAACUUGCACAAAAGGCAAUCAAAAAUCUACCUGAAUCACCAGAUCGAACUGUUCCAAACAUUACCAGUGUACAAAAGAGCAACCCUCAGUUUGUUAAUAUGAAGGAAAACUACAAAGAGUUACUGUCAAAGAAAAUAUCUUUGGAUACCCAUACUUUAAAUAAAAUACAUCUUUCCAAUUCAUCAAAAUUUGGUAAUCCUUUGAUGCAUGAGGCAGGGGCUUGUAAUGUGAGUUAUCAGGGCUCUGUCCUAGUUGAUAAAACAGAACUGAAUAACAUGGAUUCCAAAGUUCAAAAGCUCCGUCUUAAGUUACUCAAAAAGCUGCAAACCAAAAAAAAUCAAUUGGCAUCACUUGACCAGUUAAUGAAGACUAAUCAAUGUGGUGAAUCUGUGAGCACUGAGCAAUCAUUAAAUCUGGCAAAUAACAGUGGAAGCCUGCUGUAUGAUUUUUUGAAUGAACUGUGGCAUCAACCUGGAGUUGAAGACAAUGAAUCUGUUUGUACCAGCUCUAGUGCUUCAUUGAGCAGUAGUCCAAGCCAUGAUGAAUUACUUGCAGAACUAUUCACUCCAACUGGAGCUUCAACUUUGGACUACAUGAAACAUGACUUGAGACACUUUGAAAUGCUACCAGAUGGUGGAGUAGCAAAUGGAAAACUGAGUAAUGACUGCAGCAUAGCUUCAAAGUCUAGAAACACAUCUUCUAUUUCAGCUUUAAAUAUGCAACAACAAGCUUACAAAAAUGAGCUAAUUGGCAUAACUAACAACCAUGCAUCAUCUUUUGAGAGUCCUAUCAAGGAUGAAAUAUUGGUAGAUUUAUUGUCCAUUUCAACUCUAAACUCUUUCACAGGAGAAAAUGAAUUGCCCAUUUUUGAUGAAAAUCUUUUUGAAAACUGCUGAUGGUUCACUGAAACAGUUUUUAAAAAGGUGGUUUAAACAGCAAUAUUGCUGAUUAUGAAUUUACUCUCAUUGUUUUGUCACUAAAUUGUGAAGUUUGCCCAGUCCAUAUUUGGAAAAUAGUUUGUUUUAUAUUCUGGAGAAUAUUUGUGUGUAAAAUUUACUUCCACAGGCACUGUUAUUUUAUAAUAGUUUCAUUGUACUCAGGAUCUGAGAAUCUGCAUUUGCUGCUUCUGAAUACGAUGUUUAUGGCCGUCCACUUUAUUUGCUGGCAUUCUGUUUUGACACAGUGUGCACCAUUAUUUAUAUGAAUAAUUUUUAGUGCAAUUUAUCAAUCCUGAACUGUAAAUAAAUUUGUUAAUAUUUCAAUAAUAGUUGGUGUUAUUUGCAACAACAGAUGCAAGAAACUUUUAAUAAUAUAACUGAGUUCACACCACACAAAAAUACACUAAAUUCAUAGAAUGCUUAAACCACUUGAAUUACGCUAAAAGCAAUUGAUCCAUUGGAAGGAAUGUAACAUCAAGUUCAAGUAUAAAAUGUGGGUUCUUAUUUUUAUCACCUGUAAUAUAAAUUAGUACAAGUGCAGGCAAUAGGCAAAAGUUCUGUUUUGUGUAAAGAUUGUUUAUUAAAUAUUUCUUUUGGAUCAGUUUAUAAAGUUACUGCAAUUAUGUUAUUAUUUUCCUAUAAAAGUAAAUGCUAGAAAUAGCUUGGUAGACACUACUACAUUUCUUACAGUUUUGCUGGAGAUUGAAAACUGCAUCUUCUCUUGCAUAGAUACAUUUUUGAUCUCCAGCAUUUGAUGCUUUACAAUCUCCAUUUUCAGUUGCUUUUUAAUUUAGAUACGAGUUCUAGAAGAUCCAGUAAAGAAAUCAGUGGAAAUUCUGUGGACUGAAUGUAUAUUUUGAGUAGUCACAAUUGAUGAGACCUGUCAAAUUAUUUAUGUAGGCAUUAAUUUUAACACCUGAACGUUUGGUGCUUUUUUGAAAUUUAACAUGUGCUGUAAAUUGCAUCAAUACGAUCUUGAACUAUUUCAAUUUUCAGGAAGUAUUUUUUGUAACAGGUUCUUAGUAGUCCAAAAAGGCCUUGUAUAUUCUCAUUCAAAAUAGUUCAAGGUUUCACUAAAAUUGCCUUUGAAGUUUCUGUGACAAUGUAACUCGUUGGUUCUGUUAACUUUCUUAUUAAAAGUGUAAUGACU